CCAACCAUGAAGUUUCUUAGCUACCUCCUGGCUUACCGAAGGUUCCUGCUCAUUGUCCUCACCCCACUGCUUUUACUUCCACUUCCUCUUAUCAUCAAAACCAAAGAAGCAGAAUGUGCAUAUACGCUGUUUGUAGUCGCCAUCCUUUGGCUCACAGAACCUAUGCCACUGGCUGUUUCAGCUUUGCUCCCUACUGUUAUGUUCCCAUUGUUCGGUAUAAUGGAAUCCAAGCAGGUGGCAUCUGCUUAUUUUAAAGACUUUCAUCUGCUUCUGAUUGGAGUAAUUUGUUUGGCAACAUCAAUAGAAAAGUGGAAUUUGCACAAAAGAAUGGCUUUAAGAAUGGUGAUGCUGGUGGGUGUCAACCCUGCAUGGCUCGUGCUGGGUUUCAUGGUUAGCUGUGCUUUCUUGUCAAUGUGGCUCAGCAACACCUCUGCUGCUGCCAUGGUGAUGCCAAUUGUAGAGGCUGUAGCUCAGCAGAUCAUCAAAGCUGAAACAGAAGCUGAUGCGCUGGAGAUGUCUUGCUGUAACGGCUCCAUCAACCCAACACUGGAGCUGGACGAGAAUAUAGGAAAAUAUGAAAUCAGUGACUGCAAAGACAAAGAAAACCAAGUUAAUGGGUAUGACAAUAAUAUGGCUAGUACUGUGUGCACAAUUGAAAAAGACUAUGAAAAAGAAAAGGAACAGCAGAACCUACCACCAGCUGAAACAGGGAGAAAAAGCAAAGAGGACAAAUACAAUGGGAUUUUCAAAGUGAUGUGUUUAUGUGUUGCUUAUUCUGCUACCAUUGGAGGGCUGACCACAAUCACAGGAACAUCAACUAAUCUGAUUUUUGCCGAGCACUUCAAUACACGUUACCCAGCUUGUCAAUGCAUUAAUUUUGGAUCCUGGUUUAUCUUUUCCAUCCCGAUUGCACUUAUUAUUCUGCUGCUCUCUUGGAUCUGGCUCCAGUGGAUUUUCCUUGGGUUUGAUUUCAAAAACAUGCUCAAGUGUGGCAAGAAGAAAACAGCUAGAGAAGAGGCCUCAGCACAAGUGAUUCAGAAGGAGUACAAGAAGCUUGGACCAAUAAGCUACCCAGAAGUUGUUACACUUGUCCUAUUCAUCCUAAUGACCUUACUGUGGUUCACCAGAGACCCUGGCUUCAUUCCAGGAUGGUCUUCACUUUUCCCAAAGUAUAAAGGCUAUGCUACGGACUCAACAACUGCCUUAGUGAUAGGCCUCCUGUUCUUUAUUAUUCCAGCAAAAACAUUGACAAGGACUUCAAGUGGAGAGAACACUGUGUUUGGUUACACUCCACUGAUUACUUGGAAGGAAUUUCAGUCAUGCAUGCCCUGGGAAAUAGCUAUUCUUGUUGGUGGUGGAUUUGCUUUAGCAGACGGCUGUGAGGUUUCAAGACUUUCUGAGUGGAUAGCGUCUAAAUUGACCCCUUUAGGAUCACUCCCUUUGUGGUCGAUUAUCCUGAUAUCAUGCCUUAUUGUCACUUCAGUGACAGAAUUAGCCAGCAAUCCAGCUACCAUUACCAUAUUUUUGCCCAUACUAUCGCCUUUGGCUGAAGCCAUUCAUGUGAACCCACUUUUCAUUUUGAUACCUGCUACCUUGUGCACUUCCUUUGCAUUCCUGCUUCCUGUGGCAAACCCAGCCAAUGCCAUUGUGUUUUCAUAUGGUCAUUUAACUGUUAUGGACAUGGUGAAGGCUGGUUUGGGCAUUAACAUCAUCGGAGUUGCUGUAGUUAUGCUUGCAGUUAUGACAUGGAUAGUACCUAUAUUCAAUCUUUAUACUUAUCCAAGUUGGGCACCAAACAUUUCCUCUACAAAUAGCACUGGGCUGUAA